GUUCGCUUGUGUUCCAGAGCAGGGGAGAUUGCGAAGAGUCGCAAUCUUGCUUCAGAGAAAGUCAAGGCACUCGGGCACCCUGGCCUGUCCGACACCUUUUGGACAUUUGCAAAGCCUGUCCAGCUGCUCAAGGUCGAAAAAGUCCAGGAUGGUGAGGAACAGAACUUGAGGUACAACAACACCUUGUACAACAAGGCCUUACACCAGGCUGCCACAGCAGCUGUUGCAGUGCGGCGGGGUCCAUCCGGUCCCGUGGAGAAGGCUGCCCGGAGAUUGGAGCUGGAAUUUGGGCGGGGCAUCUUGAGCAGUCAGUACUCGAAGUUGAGCAAGCUGUUAUCGCUGACCAACAAGCUCGCAUCUGCUACCAGAAACGCUGUAGACCUGGCGGCCUGGAUGAUGGACUCCUUGACGCUGGCCCUGCGCAUGAACAUGGUCACGCCAGCUAAAUGCACCGAGAAGUUUCUGGAUCGAGACCGGAAGACAGGCGAUGCUGGCUUUUGGUUGUCGCGCAUGCUGGUGGUGCAGGUCUUCGAUUAUGCAGCAAAGCUGGCGAACAAGUUGCCUGAGCGGGACAAGGUUAAGCUGACAGGGAUUUUGGCUGAACUCCGUUGCCCUUCCACAUGUUGGGAGAAAUAUCUCUGCCAUGCUGAUGCUGAUCAAGGGGCUGAUGGAGAGGACGACAUGGACGGCGAGGACCCAGAGGACGUGGAGCGCCCUGUUCCGCAGUCCAAGAUUGGAGCUGUUAAAGAGGGUUUCAACAAAGCCAUUGGCAUGCUUUUGGAUUUGCUGCUGGAGCUGAGGUCGGGGAAGUACUACAAGGAUUGCUGCAUGCUGGCUUCGAGUGAAGAUGGCCUUGCAAAGGCAUUGACAGCUGCACAGCUUGGAAGCUCUGAUGACACGGAGCACGAGGAGCCAUGUGCGCUUAUCACUCAGAUGAAGAUCAUUGUCGACAAGUUCGACAACAGCACGAAGUCCGUUGGUGCCACAUCUGCGGCUCCUGCUCCGAGUUUGCUCCAAAGCCUGGCCAAGGCUUCUGAAGCUGACACACCCGAGGAAUGUGUCGAGCGUGAGCGGCAGUGGAAGGCGGUGCAAACGGAACGCCGCAAGUUCGUGUCGUUCUCGGUACCGAACAAGAUCUCGAAGGACUGCCUAGUCAAUGCGUUCAGAGGUUGCGGCAAGGUCUUCACGCACAAGGGCACCUUAAACUCUUCGCACCGCCUGAUCGUUGCCAGUGCGGAUCUCUUGGCAGAGGCUGGUACCGACCCGUGGCUCAAGGGCGCUCCGCCAAGCGAGGAAUGGAAAGAGAUCUGUGCCUUUGCCAAAGACAUUUCUGGGCCCGAGGAUUUCGUCGUACUCUUCGACGGCAGAAUGCGGGAAAUUCGCCGCGUGUCCGAGUCUUGGCGGGGUGAUGUGACAAGGCUCCCAGGCUCCAAGGCUAAGGAAGACCUCCUGCUGAACCAGCAGCACACCGAGGAGUGCACCAUCGUGUACUCAGGUGGGUGCCCGCCGAGAACUGGUCGCACUCGCCGCGUUCCGCUGGCUGCAAAGAAGGUGGAGACAGGAGCGGUUAAGUUCCCGGUCGCACGCACCAAGAUUCAGACGACGAAGAAAGACUCCUUCACAGUCUGCGGCGAGGCUUCUACGUACCAAGGCACUUACUCAGGCGUGGAGUACCGUGCGGUUUCUGAAAUGCCCCUCGUGUCUGCAGACAACAAGAAGAAGAUCAUUGCUCCGGCAACAACCGGCGACCUCCCGACACCGCCAGAGGACUGGCAGGAUCGCCACGGCUCCGACGUACCCUUGUUCUGGAACGAGUCGAAGCCGAUAGCAUAUUGGCAUGCCAUCAUUGAGGAGUUUUGCGCGGAGGCAGUGUUUGACCUCACGGCUGGCACCGGUGCUCUGAUGGAGGCUUCUUUGACUGCCGGCAUCGCAUACCACGGGCUUUGCAGCCUCAACAAGGAGCACAUGUCGUGGGUCCAGGCGGUUGCUGAUCGCGCAGCUUGCGGAAUGAUGGCGUUGGAGGGAUCCACUCUUUACUCGGACGAGAAUGCCAAGGCGGUGAAGAAGCAUUUCCCGCACGUUCUGGAGAGCUUGUCCAACCAAGACGACCAGGACGAGGCCUACCAGACGCCUCUGGGGCAAAACCAGUCUCAAGACGGCUUCUCGUCGGAUGCCCCGGGGAGCUUGCGGAAGCAGGCUGUGAAAGACGGCUUGGUCCCCAAGGAUCGAAGGGCCUUCGUCAUCUGGUUCCAGGAAAACUCCGAAGUCAAGAAAGGCGCUCCCAAGCACGAGUUUCUCAAUGAGAUGAAGCAUCUUGGCGCAGUCUGGCAGGGCAUGACCGACAAGCAGAAGGCACCAUUCAUGGCGAGGAGCAAAGAUGAGUGCAUGGCUCAGCGAAGUGCACUGGCCGUUCUUGGCAUCAGGAUGCGGGGCUCCACGACCAGUGCGGGCGGCCCCGACGAGGCGAAGGACCCCCCUGCCGCUGACGAAUCUGGCGGUCGCGUUGGCCCAUUUGAGCGUAAUGGUGCAAGGGCUCCAAUUGGAGGCGGAGCCUAUGGCAGUGUCUACAGUUGCCAGCAUCCGCAAAGCGGCCUUAACGUGGCGGUGAAGGUUUAUCGUGGCUCCGAUGGCCCCGCGGAUUGCAGGCACGAAGUGGAGCAGAUGAAGCUUCUAAUGAAGGCCGUUCCGCAGCAGAAGAUGAUGUGGUUCCCGCUUCUUGUCAGCUCGGGUGUCACGGGCAGACCUUGGCCAUGGAUGGCUACUAGCCUAUGUGGGCCCAGCCUGGCAACCGCACUUCGAAAUCCUGCGGCGCAUGGCAAGCCGAGGACGUGGUCUGUGGCAGCUCAGCUGAGAAGUGCACUGCAGACCUUGCAUGACGCAGGCAUCCUACACUUGGAUGUGAAACCUGGCAAUGUUCUUUGGUGCCCUUGCACAGAUCAGGUGCAGGUGUGCGACUUCGGCAUGAGUGAGAACAUGGCACGGCUCCAGAAGGCUUCUCAGGCUCCCAGGUUCCUGCAGUAUGUCACGGCUGCCUAUCGACCUCCGGAGCUGUGGCCCGCUCGUGUGAAUGGCGAUGGAGACUGCGGUGUCAGAAAGCAGCUGCUGACUGCAGCUGUGGAUAUGUGGGCCUAUGCUUGCGUGGUGUUUGAGGUGGAGACCGGGAAUCCCUUCAUGCCCAAGGGGGAGGCCGGACUGAGAGCGUGGUGCAAGCAGUGGCCCGAGCUGUGGAAAACACGCAGCGACUUAGCCAAUUGCCCCGCUGCAAGUCACACGUGCUGCACAAAGGUGCUUCGAGCCGGUAAAUGGGGGCUGUUUGUGUUGGUCGGCUGUGCUCCAGACCCCGGAAAGCGGCGGUGGCCGGAGCUCUGUCUGAAUCAGAAAUGA